UCCGACCGCCAGCACACGAACGUCCGAACAAGUGAGCGCAAAACAAAUCAAACAAGACAACGAGGCACGAAUACAGCAUAAACAAACAGUAGAGAAACCUAUAUACACUCAUACAUAUAGAUAUGUAAAUAUAUUUUUGCAUAGAGUAAAAUUCAAGCAUAUAACGAAAACGAGAUAUAUCAAAACGAAAAGCCAAAGAGUCAACGAUCGGGCGUUUUAUUGAGUUUAAUUGCGACAAAAAUAAUUUAUAAUUGAAAAAUGUUGUGAGACGGCAUUAUUAAAGAUUGAACGACUUAUCUGAUACAGCAGAGAGAAGCCAACAGUAAGGUGUUAAAGUGCGAAGAACUUUCCCUAUUUCCCGCAGAUAUACCCAUAGUCAAUCAAGACCUUGCACCACAAGCAGGAACGACAAACUUGAGGAUAUGAACAAAACUAAACCGUCAAAAGCCGGCCUUCCGGUGCGUUUAGUGAUUUUUCUGCUUUUUGUUGCCCAAGCCGCGAGUCGGCCUUCAACGGAAAAUGAAGGUGACAUUGCAUCUUUGCCGCCGGAUGCAGACAACGUUGAGUUUCAUCAUGUGAAGGUCGUGGACGGUGUUAUGCACGAGGAUCAUCCGGUGGUGAUGUACAAAGAGGACUUUGUCAACGAGGACUAUGAUCCCACCAAAAACGAGACCAAAGUGCACCAUCGAAAAUUGUUUAAGGGUCAGCAGCGUAUUCGGCAUCAUCACUUAAGACCACCUACAAAACCGGUGGCGGUGGAGGAAAAGAUCGUAUUUGAUGUGUUGCCCGAGUCCCCGCUUAUAUUGGGUGAUGACGACUCUGUUGCCGACAAGUAUGAGGUCGCCCAGCUUGUGCAGCCUUUACAGCAGGAAUCACCGCAGAAGUAUCCCAAGAAGUACCACAGUCGCCAACGUCGCCAGGCCGACAAUCCGUAUGUGCGUAAAUCAUAUAAGAGCGAUUUCUAUGGCAAAGCACCAGCACCCUACUAUUUGCCCGUUCAACCUCAAUAUCACUAUCAACGGAUUCCAGUUGUGGGAAAGAAACCAAAGUACCAGGGAAAACUUCCUUUCUGGCAGACCCCAAAACCUUCCCUCAAGCCAAUGAGUAUUGGCAAUCGCGACGAUUUUGGCGAAGAUAAUGAAAACAGCCUGUUUCACAAUUCCAAUCCAGACGAUGCGGACUUCUCGAUGUUCGAUCAGCCCAGGCCAGACGAUAAAGUAACCGGUGGAGGCAACGGUAUCAACUGGCAAUCACCCCCAGUGCAAGAAUCAGAGCCUGCACCAGUUUUCGGAUCAAGCCAAGGCAGACGUCCAACUAGUGGCCCAGCACGGAGACCCGACAUACAGUUUCCACCGUGGCCUCCAACAACCAGCCGACCAGAAGUAUUGUCACCAUCAACCACCCGGCGACCGGCGCCACCGCCACAGGUGACCAGCUCACCCCCAGCACAAACCACAGCCCGGGUGUCCAACUGCGUGUGGGCAAUUGUCAACUGCUGUUCGCAGGGAAGCAAUAAGAUUCGAUACAACUGCUUUGAGGAGUUCGGUUGCCAUGGCGCCUUCUGGGGUGUUAAUCCCUGUGCAGACAACAUUCGCGACCGUGCGAUAGCCUCCUUAACAAGAUCGUCCAAAUAGGCAGUCUGCGCCAAGGCUAUUAAUCUUACAAAAGUAUUCGAUUGUCUUGUAUGGCUGUGUGCCCAUGUCAAUGUACUUUUAAUAGCUAUACAGGAAAUCAUUUUAAUUUAUUUUAAGAUAGGUCUUAACUCGACAAUAAAGUAUCCUCUUAAUCACCAUCAAA